AUGUGCAACCUCAGAGAGCGUUUGAAUGUGCAGCCUCAGAGACUGUUCCGAUGUGCAGCCUCAGUGACUGUUCAGUGCAUCAGAGCAGCCUGUGCAGAGACUGUUCAGAUGUGCAGCCUUAGAGACUGUUCAGAAUGUGCAGCCUCAGAAUGUGCAACCUCAGAGACUGUUCCGAUGUGCAGCCUCAGAGACUGUUCGAAUGUGCAGCCUCAGAGACUGUUCGAAUGUGCAGCUUUAGAGACUGUUCGAAUGUGCAACCUCAGAGACUGUUCGAAUGUGCAGCCUCAGAGACUGUUCGAAUGUGUAGCUUCAGAGUCUGUUCGAAUGUGCAGCUUCAGAGACUGUUCGAAUGUGCAGCCUCAGACACUGUUCGAAUGUGCAGCUUUAGAGACUGUUCGAAUGUGCAACCUCAGAGACUGUUCGAAUGUGCAGCCUCAGAGACUGUUCAGAUGUGUAGCUUCAGAGACUGUCUGUUCCAGACACUGUGCAGCUUUAGAGACUGUUCUGAAUGUGCAGCCUCAGACACUGUUCGAAUGUGCAGCUUUAGAGACUGUUCGAAUGUGCAACCUCAGAGACUGUUCGAAUGUGCAGCCUAAGACACUGUUCGAAUGUGCAGCCUCAGAGACUGUUCGAAUGUGCAACCUCAGAGACUGUUCGAAUAUGCAGCCUCAGAGACUGUUCGAAUGUGCAGCUUCAGAGACAGUUUGA